AUGUAUGGCCGUGUGAAAUCGAAACCAGUCGCUCCAUUCAAACCGAAUUUCGUACAAAAUGAUAAAAUCAUCUUAACCUUCGACGGUUUUUUUCGUCAGAAAAUUUUGGAACCAAAUUCGGAGCAAUAUGAUUUAAUUCGCAAAGUCAAAAUGAUGUAUUUUAUGGAGGACGAUACUGUAACUGUUGUUGAACCACCGUACAUUAAUAGUGGGUAUCAUCAAGGGCGUAUCAUUCGACGUUCACGAAUCAUUAAGGAUCCAAUUCGAAAUUUGCAUUUAUCGUGGAAAGAUUUAAACAUUGGAAUUGAGAUAAAAAUCUUUGGCAUAACAUUUCAUUUAACUGAUUGUGAUGCAUUUACAAAAGAAUUUUUGAUAUCGAACGGAAUCGAAUUGAAUGACAUGCACAUACCUACGCCUGAACCACGUUCCAUUAAACAAAGACCAGUUACGGCGCCAGUAAAUCGAACAUUAUGGUUUAAAAGUUCCGAGAUAAGACCAAAUAUUGGCAUUGUUCUAGGUUUUGAAAGCAUUCGAAUCGAUGAAAAGAAGCAAUUAUGCGAUUGUGUUCCUUAUCACAUCUCAUACUAUUUGGAAGAUGGCACGAUUUCGGUCAAAGAACGAAAGCACAGAGACGAAAGUUUUGAUUUUUGUCCAUAUUUGAUAAAACGAGUCCGAGUACCGAGAUAUUCAAAACGAUUAAUCAAUAGUUUGAUUGUGGCCGAAGAAGACAGUUUUAGCGAAGAAAAAGAUGAAAGAGACUAUAUUCAACCCAGCGAUUUUAAUGUUGGUAAAGAAGUGAAUUUGCUGGGCCACCGAUUUUUGAUUCGUGAUUGUGAUGCACGAACACGACGAUAUUACGAAGACAUUUUAAAAGUGCAACAAGGCGAAAAGAUUCAAUUCGAUCAAAUUCGAUCGAUUAAACUGAGAAAUGAUACACCAAAAUACAUCGGUUUCGGUACACCGGAAGAUUCAUUGGCAUCAUGCAAAAGCCUGAUUCCCAGAGAACCACGCAAAAAUAUCAUUCAAUACAUAGUUAAUGCAAAUAAGUAUCUUCGAUUUGGUUGCGUGAUUGAUAGCGCCCGUCCAGACGAUCAAAACCGUCAAUUCAUACUUAAAUAUUCACUGGCCGAUGGCAAAAUUAGCAUUCAUGAAUUGUCGAUUACGAAUUCCGGCAUUCAAGGUGGAAAAUACUUAUCGCCGCAAUUAAUUCCGAAAAACGAUUGCUAUACAA